AGCUAUAAAGGGGGCGGCAGAGGCGAGCGGACCCGGACAGCCAGCCCAGCGCAGACCCCCGACCGCCGCCAUGCUGAACCACGACGAGAAGCAGCUGAUCAAACACGCCUGGGAGAAGGUGCUGGGGCACCAGGAGGACUUUGGGGCCGAGGCCCUGGAGAGGAUGUUCGCCGUCUACCCCCAGACCAAGACCUACUUCCCCCACUUCGACCUGCACCAUGACUCGGAGCAGAUCCGCCACCACGGCAAGAAGGUGGUGACCGCUCUGGGGGACGCCGUGAGGCACAUGGACAACCUCAGCGAGGCGCUCUCCGAGCUCAGCAACCUGCACGCCUACAACCUGCGCGUGGACCCGGUCAACUUCAAGCUGCUGUCCCACUGCUUCCAGGUGGUGCUGGCCGUGCACCUGGCCGACGAGUACACCCCGCAGGUGCACGUCGCCUAUGACAAGUUCCUGGCCGCCGUCUCGGCGGUGCUGGCCGAGAAGUACCGGUGAGCGGUUGGCUCUGGCGGCUCCGGCGGGUUAGCCACGCGCCCUGCUGUGUUCUGACCCAAUAAAGAUGCCAACCACGCA